CUUCGCGUCCCUCCGCCUCCUGCUAUGUUUUAUGCCUCAGGCCGCCUCUUAGCCGCCCGGGAGGCCACCACACUUUACGCCCCUCCCAGAGCCCGGGGCCCGGCGCUCCGCGGCAAACGGAGGGAACUACAAAUCCCAUGGCACCUCGAGACGCCCUCUUACGACUCCUUGACGGGGCAGCGGACAAGACCCGGCGUGCCUCCGGCCCGGAGGGUGAUCCUUAGAAAGGGGAGGAUGCCGCCGGCCAUAGGCGGUGGCCUGGCGGGCUCCGAGCUGCGUCCCCGUAGGGGCCGCAGUGUGCAGCAGGCUGCCAGAGCCGUGAGCCGAGACGUGGUCCCCGAGGCUGCAACGCGGAAACUUAAACGGCCUGCUUGGAGCUCGCGGCGCUUCCAGGCGGCAGGCUGGUGGGCCACGCUGGCUGUGGUGACGCUGCUGUCCUUUGCCACCCGCUUUCACAGGCUGGACCAGCCGGCACACAUCUGUUGGGAUGAGACUCACUUUGGAAAAAUGGGAAGUUACUACAUUAACCGCACCUUUUUCUUCGAUGUGCACCCACCACUGGGAAAGAUGCUGAUUGGCCUUGCUGGCUACCUGAGUGGAUAUGAUGGUACCUUUUUGUUCCAGAAGCCUGGGGACCGAUACGAGCACCACAGCUACAUGGGGAUGAGAGGGUUCUGUGCUUUCCUGGGUUCCUGGCUGAUCCCCUUUGCCUACCUCACUGUACUGGAUCUGUCCAAGUCCUUCCCAGCAGCACUGCUCACCGCUGCCCUGCUCACCUGUGACACGGGAUGCCUCACUCUGUCCCAGUACAUCCUCCUCGACCCCAUCCUGAUGUUCUUCAUCAUGGCUGCCAUGCUGAGCAUGGUCAAGUACAACUCCUUCGCUAACAGGCCUUUCUCUGCCCCCUGGUGGUUCUGGCUCAGCCUGACUGGCAUUAGUCUUGCUGGCGCUUUAGGGGUCAAAUUUGUUGGCCUCUUUAUCAUUGUGCAAGUGGGGUUGAACACCAUCUCAGACCUCUGGCACCUGUUUGGAGACCUCAGUCUUUCACUGGUGACUGUGGGGAAGCACCUGACUGCUCGCAUCCUGUGCCUCAUAGUGCUGCCCUUGGUGCUCUAUGUGACCAUUUUUGCUGUUCAUGUCAUGGUGCUGAAUAAAAGUGGUCCUGGUGAUGGCUUCUUCAGUUCUGCCUUUCAAGCCCGGCUUUCAGGGAACAGCCUUCACAAUGCUUCUAUCCCUGAACACUUGGCAUAUGGCUCUGUAAUCACUGUGAAGAACCUCCGGAUGGCCAUUGGCUACCUUCACUCCCACAGGCACCUCUACCCUGAGGGCAUUGGUGCGCGCCAGCAGCAGGUUACCACCUAUUUGCAUAAGGACUACAACAACCUGUGGAUUAUCAAGAAAUACAAUUCCAACACAGAUCCUCUAGACCCUUCCUUCCCAGUGGAGUUUGUCAGACAUGGGGACAUCAUACGACUAGAACACAAAGAAACUACUCGGAACCUGCACAGUCACUAUCAUGAGGCUCCCCUGACCCGGAAGCACUAUCAGGUCACUGGCUAUGGCAUAAAUGGGACAGGGGACUCAAAUGACUUCUGGAGGAUUGAAGUUGUAAAUAGAAAAUUUGGGAACCGGAUCAAGGUACUGAGAAGUCGAAUUCGCUUCAUCCAUUUGGUUACAGGUUGUGUCCUGGGAUCUUCAGGAAAGAUUCUGCCUAAGUGGGGCUGGGAGCAGUUGGAAGUUACUUGUAAUCCGUACUUAAAAGAAACCAGUAACUCCAUUUGGAACAUAGAAGAACAUAUCAAUCCCAAACUGCCAAACAUCAGCCUGGAUGUGCUGCAGCCCAGUUUUCCUGAGAUCUUGCUGGAGUCCCACAUGGUCAUGAUCCGGGGAAACAAUGGCCUCAAACCUAAGGACAAUGAGUUUACAUCCAAACCCUGGCACUGGCCUAUCAAUUAUCAGGGCCUACGCUUCUCAGGGGCCAAUGACACGGACUUCCGAGUCUAUCUGCUCGGCAACCCUGUGGUCUGGUGGCUCAACCUGGUGAGCAUUGUCCUCUACCUCCUCACGGGCAGCACCAUUGCCAUUGCCAUGCAGAGAGGGAUACAGCUACCUGCAGAGUUGCAAGGGCUGACCAAGGUGCUGCUGCAAGGAGGUGGCCAGCUGCUCCUGGGAUGGAUGCUCCAUUACUUCCCUUUCUUCCUGAUGGGCCGCAUCCUCUACUUCCACCACUACUUCCCAGCCAUGCUCUUUUCCAGCAUGUUGACAGGUAUCCUAUGGGAUACUCUUCUGCGGUUCUGUGCCUGGGCCUUGGCCUCUUCUCCCCUGGGUAGGAGAAUACAUAUGGUGGGAAUCCUGAGCCUGCUUCUGGCAACUGCCUACAGCUUCUACCUCUUUCACCCUCUGGCUUAUGGGAUGGUUGGUCCCCUAGCCCAGGAACCUGAGAGUCCAAUGGCAGGACUGAGGUGGCUGGAAUCAUGGGACUUUUGAGGCCACUGCCAGGACCCCAGCCUGGAUCCAGGUAUUGUCCAGGGACACCCAGCUAUGAAGCCUGACCCUGGGCCCUUCCAGCUUCAAGGGCGCUGCCUGAGAAGCCCAAAGCAUUCUGCUGCCCCCAGGACCAAACUCUGGGAAAUGACGUGGAUUUCACUAAAUACUAAAAAGAGCCACAGCCCUGUCUAUAGCACCUACAUGGGGCUCUUGACCUACAGCACUGCUUGGUGCCAGUUCCUGUGAAACACAAGGAAAGCCGGCGUGAGUGUCAAGGGUACAUAUGCCCAAUCCCUUUGGAGUGUGUAGACCAUGUAACUGUGGUAGCCAAGUGUCAUAAAUUCCAAGAAUGGUCCAAGGCUAACA